CUGUGAGUUUUUUUAGCGAUGGGUAGGCAACUCCACAGGUUUCUCAGAUUGCAGACGAAUCGUUGUUUCAUGACUUAAAGUGUGAUUUGAGACGAUCAUUCGCAACGAUGCCUCCUGUCGUCAAGAAAUUUGAUUUGUUAGUAUUAGGCGGAGGAUCAGGAGGCCUUGCUACAGCAAGGCGAGCAGCAGAGUUCGGGGUGAAAGCUGCUGUUGUUGAAGAAGCACGGUGGGGUGGCACAUGCGUGAAUGUGGGCUGUGUGCCCAAGAAGGUUAUGUUCAACACUGCCAUGCAUGCAGAAAUGAUCCAUGAUCACAAAGACUAUGGCUUUGAUGUUCAAUUGAAGAAAUUUGACUGGAGCCAUAUCAAGAAGAGUCGAGAUGAAUACAUUAAAAGACUGAAUGCCAUUUAUGAGGGUAAUCUUGGAAAGUCCAAUGUUGAAAGUAUCACCGGUCACGCACGUUUCACAGAGGACAAGUGUGUUGAUGUCAAUGGGAAUAAAUAUUCUGCAGACCAUAUAGUAAUCGCCACAGGUGGUCGCCCCCUAGUUCCCAACAUUCCGGGUGCUGAGCAUGGAAUAACAAGCGAUGGCUUUUUUGAACUUGACCAUCUACCAAAGAAGGUGGUUGUGGUUGGAGCAGGAUAUAUAGCUGUGGAGCUCGCUGGAAUUUUCAAUGCCCUGGGGUCUGAUACUAGCAUUCUCAUCCGAUUCGAUGAGGUUCUUCGAACAUUUGACAAAGUGAUCAGCAAGACAGUGACAAGCAACAUGGAACAGGCUGGUGUGAAUGUUUGCAAAAAGACACAGGUGAAGAGCAUCAAAAAAGAACCAAGUGGCUUACUGACCGUGGAAACAAACACAGGCACAGUAUCUGAGGUCGAUUGCCUGUUGUGGGCCAUUGGUCGAACACCAAACACUCCCUCCCUUGACCUCAAGAAUGUGGGUGUCGAGACAGACAGUCAAGGCCACAUCAAAGUGGAUGAAUUCCAGAACACCAAUGUGCCCAAAGUAUAUGCACUAGGAGAUGUCUGUGGAAAAGCUCUACUUACUCCAGUUGCGAUAGCAGCUGGUCGCAAACUAGCUCACCGCCUUUUUGAUGGAAAGACAGACUGGAAGCUUGACUAUACAAAUAUCCCAACAGUUAUAUUUUCACAUCCUCCUGUUGGAACUGUUGGCAUGUCUGAAGAAGAAGCAUUACAGGAGUAUGGUAAAGACAACAUAAAGGUUUACAACACAUCUUUCCUGCCAAUGUACUAUGCUGUAACACAGACCAAAUUUAGAUGCACCAUGAAGUUAGUUUGCCUUCUACCUGAUGAAAAGGUAUUAGGACUUCAUAUGAUUGGCCAGGGCUGUGAUGAGAUACUGCAAGGGUUUGCUGUGGCCAUUAAAAUGGGAGCAACUAAAGCCAGUUUAGACUCGUGCGUUGCCAUACACCCUACCACAGCUGAGGAACUUGUCACAUUGCGAUAAAUGGAUGAAUUAUUUAACUUACAGAUGUUAAGAAUCAAAACCAAAACCAUGGCAGAGACCUGUGACUGUAUAGGUCAUUUAUAGUUGAAAACCUUUCUAUAUACAUUAUGAGUGUUAAUGCAUAUAUCCAGAAAUAUAUGAAUAUAAUAUUUGUCAAGGAUGUUAAAAGCUAUAAUAAAAACUACCUGUCCCUGACCAUUUAAGCUUCAAAUGCAGUAAAAACAGGGGGGAAAAGUAGGAAUUAAAAAAAGCAAAAAUUUAUUGAAUAAAUAAAAGUUGAAACAAAUAAAAGAUAAAGUUUUGGGGGCAUCAAGUAGUGUAGUGAUUAAAACACCUGCUUGUCACCACUGCUAGUGCAUUAUUCUUAAAGCAGUCACUAUAACUUACAUUUUUACAUGUUGAAACUGGUUACCAUGUUCUAUGCAACUUUUUUACCAGCCACAUACUUACAUCAUGCACAUUUUUAUCCAUCUCAAAGAAAAAAACCACAUAUGAACGAUGUUAUGAUAUAGAGUUGGAUUUUUGUCAUUUAAAGAUGUAUUUGCAAGUGACAGAUUAUUACCAGACUAAAGCAUUAUCAGACAACUACUACAGGUUUGCCUAAGACAUGACAUACUAAUAUUCAUGUAAUUACUUAAAUAUUUUUUUAUUUCACCAAAGGUAUUGUUAAUAUAUAUCUUUUACACUUUACUUUUAUACUCGUAGUAUAGUAGUAUAAUACAGUAUUGUAUCAAAUAGUAUUUAAUUUUACAUAUAAGUAUUUAAUACUAAUGACCAAUCAUAUCACUAAUAUUUACUUACUGACCUAUUUUAGCAGUACAUUCCUUUUUCUGCUCGUAUCUAAACAUCAUUUGUAAUUUGAAACUAACUUUUCUUCAAAUAAUGAUCUGAGUACUUUGUGAUAUCUUAAGAUAGCUAUAAUUUGCUGGUUUGACAGAACACUUGUCUUUUGUAUAAAGCAGUGGAUCUGAGGCUCUAUCCAUUGUUAAAUCAAGAAAAAUGUAUGUCCUAACAUAAGUAAUACGCCAGCGCAAUGUGAGUCUUAAGUCGCAGUUUCAUAGCAGAGGCUCAGAAAAGCAAUUAGGGUUUACUUUGUGCCAUUGGACUUUGCACAUUUCAAACCCUUAUAACUCACUAAAUUUUAGGACUAGGAGAACAACUUGAGCAUCAAAAGAAAGGUCAACUGUACAUUUUAAAAAUAUACAGUUCGCGAAAUCUUAAAUUUCUGACUUCAGACUCAUUCUGUGGUGGCGAGUCACAUACGUUAGAGAAUGAUUAUUAGACAAAAAAUGUAUUUUAAGGUGUACUUUAACUCUUUGGACACUGGUGAUUCGCUGUAUAAUUCUGACAUUCUGAGCAUUGAUGUGGAACGACAAUAAUUGCAUCCAGGUCUCAGUCUGUUAAAAAAAAGACUAAAUUCUUUCUUCACUAUUAGUUUUGGCAUCAGAUGUAUUCUGCCUACUGUGGCUAAUGAGAAAAACAUUAAAAAAACAAACAACAAAAUUUGUGCAUGACAAGA